CGGGGUGCCGCGCUCUCUUUGUUGGCGGCCGGUGUCCCCGGAGGCCUCUGGCCGUUCUUCGCCGUGCGCUCCCGAUCCGCGCGUCGGGGAAUCCGGUCCGGGAGCUGCCGGCAGCUGCGCUGGAGCGUCAGCGCUGCGACCCCCGGGGCUGAGGCUGCGGUGCGGCCGGAGCGGGCUCGGGGCGAUGGCGGUGACGUUCGAGGACGUGGCCCUCUACUUCUCCCCCGAGGAGUGGGCAGAGCUGGCGGGCUGGCAGCGGCGGCUCUACCGGGAGGUGAUGCUGGACAACUACGAGCUGGUGGCCUCGCUGGGCUGGGCCGCCGUCAAGCCCGAGAUCAUCUGCAAGCUGGAGCGAGAAGAGGCGCCGUGCGUGCCAGACCCCCCCGGGGUGCGGCGGGGGCAGCAGAGCCCUGGGCCAGCAGCUGAUGAUGUCCAGGCGCAGCAGGGGGCCGAGUCUGUCCAUGAGCAGAUUCCGGCCCCCGCUGCCCUGCUCCCGGGGGUGCACGAGCCGGGCAGGAGGCGGCAGGGGGGUUCAACCCGCAGUCGGGCAGGUGGGAGGAAGGGGCGCCUCUCAGGGCCCCCCCGUCGUCACCCCCUCCCAGCCCCCCGGCCACUGGAGAAGCCCCAGCCCACGUGCCCCAAGUGCAAGAAGAGCUUCAAGCACCGGGCAGCGCUGGCCGUGCACAUGCGGAGCCACAGGGGCGAGCGGCCCUUCAGCUGCACCGACUGCGGCAAGAGCUUCACUUCCAAGCAGGUUCUGCUGAGCCACCAGCGCAUCCACACAGGGGAGAAGCCCUUUGCCUGCAGCCACUGUGGCAAGAGCUUCAGGGAGAAGAACAACUUGAUCACCCACCAGCGCAUCCACACUGGGGAGCGCCCCUUUGCUUGUGCCCACUGCCCCAAGGCCUUCAGGAGCAAGAGGAAACUCAACAACCACCAGUGUGUCCAUACCAGGGAGAAGCCCUUCACCUGCAGUGCGUGUGGCAAGAGCUUCAGCCGGAAGGACAACCUCAUCUCCCACCAGAGCGUCCACACUGGGGAGAAACCCUUCACUUGCACUGAGUGUGGCAAGAGCUUCAGGCAGAAGGGCAACCUGGUCAGGCACCAGCACAUCCACAAAGGGCAGCGCCGCUAUGUCUGCACUGAGUGUGGCAAGAGCUUCAGCUGGAAGAGCCUCCUAGUCGUUCACCAGCGCAUCCACAGUGGUGAGAAGCCCUUUGCCUGCGGCCACUGUGGCAAGAGCUUCAGCCAGAAGAGCAACCUGGUCAGUCACCAGCGCAUCCACACGGUGGAGAAGCCCUUUGCCUGCACUGAGUGUGGCAAGAGCUUCAGCCAGAAGAGCCUCCUGGACCGUCACCAGCUCAUCCACACUGGGGAGAAGCCCUUUGCCUGCAGCCACUGUGCCAGGAGCUUCAGGGAGAAGAGCCACCUGCUCAGACACCAGCACAGCCACACCAGGGAGCGUCCCUUUGCUUGUGCCCACUGCCCCAAGGCCUUCAGGAGCAAGAGGAAACUCACUGUCCACCAGUGUGUCCACACCGGGGAGAAGCCCUUCACCUGCACUGAGUGCGGCAAGAGCUUCAGCCAGAAGAGGAACCUCAUCUCCCACCAGAACAUCCACACAGGCCAGCGCCCCUUUGUCUGCACGGAGUGUGGCAAGAGCUUCAGGCAGAAGAGCCGCCUGGUUCGUCACCAGAGCAUCCACACGGGGGAGAAGCCCUGUGUCUGCACUGAGUGUGGCAAGAGCUUCAGACAGAAGAGCUGCCUGGUCAGACACCAGCUCAUCCACACUGGUGAGAAGCCCUUUGCCUGCACUGAGUGUGGCAAGAGCUUCAGCCGGAAGAGCCUCCUGGACCGUCACCAGCUCAUCCACACUGGUGAGAAGCCCUUUGUCUGCACUGAGUGUGGCAAGAGCUUCAGCCAGAAGAACCACCUGGUCAGACACCAGCACACCCACAGCAGGGAGCGCCCCUAUGUCUGCACAGAGUGUGGCAAGAGCUUCAGCCAGAAGAACUCCCUGGUUGGUCACCAGCUCAUCCACACUGGGGAGAAGCCCUUUCCCUGCAGCCACUGUGGCAAGAGCUUCAGGGAGAAGAAGAACCUCAUCACCCACCAGCACAUCCACACUGAGGAGCGCCCCUUUGCUUGUGCCCACUGCCCCAAGGCCUUCAGGAGCAAGAGGAAACUCACUGUCCACCAGUGUGUCCACAGCAGGGAGAAGCCCUUCACCUGCAGUGAGUGCGGCAAGAGCUUCAGGGAUAAGAGCAACCUGUACAGGCACCAGCGCAUCCAGGGCCAUAAGAAACCUUCAGCUGCCCCGAGUGACAGUCAGGGGACAGGCUAACAAGGGGCACUGCUGGGGGUGUUGAGCACAGGCCACCUGGUCAGGAGGAGGAAGCUGAGGAGGCUUCCUACAGCCAGCUGGAAGUGGCCUCAUGGUCACAUGCCCUGGGUCUAUGGGAGACUCCAGUCACCCUGACAUCUGCUGGGUGGGCAGGACAUCCUGAUGAAGCCCCUGGGACUGCACUGGUGUGUGUUGGGUGUGUUUGUGUGAGAACCCUUUGUGAUUGUAUAUUUACAGACAGCACCACUGCAGCGACACAUAAUCUCUGUUAUCUGCAUCUGUAAUUUUACUGAGCCUACGGGAUGUGAUUUCAACUGUUCAGGUGCUGUCAUAACCCACCAGCUCCUACAAUCCACCUACCCAUUGUAUCCAGAUUUGUUCCCAACCUCUGCUGAGAUGAACCCACAGUGCUGAGAAAAGUGUUGCAAACAGUGACCCGAGUCAGUUGCUGAAACGAAUGGGGCACAGUGGACCAAGAGCCCUGGUGACCGCGCAUCACGGUGCAGAGAAGAUACAGCGUGUCCUGGAGGCCGUGGAGAAGGAUGGAGAACGUCACUGGUGGGAAACUCCUUCUGGAUGGGCCCCACAGCAACAGGAGUUUGGAAUUGGAGGCUCCAUCCGACGCUGAGCACCGAUGCCUGAGCUCGGGACUCGGGUCACGCCAGCGAUGUGUGAAGAGUGGGCGACUUCUCCAAGACUCAUCUAUCAAGGAGCAGACAAUGGGUGCUGAUGAAACGUUACUAAGCCAUGUGGCUACAUGGUUCCUUAUUAAUUACUAUAAUAAUUGUUAUAACUUUUGUCUGCUUUACUCUUUGGUUCUCUGGUCUCUGUGUCUAUCUCAAGUCUUCUGCUUUUCCUUUGUACAAUUCUUCUGUGCAGGAAUUAAUAAGUUGAACCUGCCAUGAAACAAAAUAACUUUGUUGUACCGCUGUUAAACUCUAUUAAAUUCCUUUGAUUUCA